AUGAGAUUCUCCAAGUUCUCACUUCUUGCAAGUGUGUUAUAUUCUAUAACUCCAGCUCUGGGUUCUGCAAUUGCUCCCGAAGAUUCUAAAGUUAUUCAACUAAAUGCCAAUAAUUUUGAUGAAACUGUUAAAGGUACUAAGCUUACAAUGGUUGAAUUUUUUGCACCAUGGUGUUUUUAUUCUAACGCCAUGAUUAAUGAAUAUGUCAAUGCUGCGAAUUCCUUGAAUUCUGAUGAUAUAUUAUUUACUCAAGUGAAUUGUGAAUCAGAAGAGAAUAUUGAAUUCUGUGAAAACAUGGAAAUCGAUGUUUAUCCAACUAUUAAAAUCUUUAGAAACAUCAAUAUUGAAGAACCACUGGAUUUUGUUGGCCAUAGAACUGCUGAUAAUUUCAUCACCACUUUACAAUCAUUAUUAUCAGCUCCUGUCACAAUCAUUAACAGUGACGAAGAAUUACAGAAUUUUAUUGACAAUUCUGAUAAAACUAUCAUCGCAAACAUAGGUGGUAUUGAAGGUUUGAAUGAAACAUUUUAUGAAGCUGCUCAAAACAAUACUCUAGAUUUUGAUUUCAUCUUAUAUCCAAAGGAAAAUAUCACUGAAGCUGAAAAAGAAUUAUUGGUUUAUGUUAAGGAAGAUGAUCCAGAAUAUGACGGUAGCUAUUCUGUUGCAAGUUACCCAUCCUAUUCUUUCUAUAAAUUGGUAGCCAAUAAAGAAUUACUAAUGGUUUGGGUUAAUGGUCAAACUUUACCAGUUAUUGGCGAAUUAAAUGGUGAAAAUUUCAUGUAUUACGUCAAUGGUAACACUCCAUUAGCUUACUUGUUCUAUGUUGUUCGUGAAGAAUUUAUGGAUUACUUAUCAGUAUUGAAACCAUUAGCUAUGAAAUACCGUCACCAAUUGAAUUUCGUUGGUGUUGACGCAUUGAAGUUCGGUAAACAAGUUGAAAACUUGAAUUUAUUACCUAACUUUCCAUUAUUUGCUAUUCACAAUAUGACAAACAAUAGAAAAUACUCCUUUGACCAAAUAUCACCUGAAGAAUAUGCUAAUAUCACAGAACCUUUAAAAAUCGACCAUAAUGACAUUAGAGAUUUAGUUGAAAAAUUUAUGAAUGGUACUGCUGAUCCAGUUAUAGGAACAGAACCAGUUCCAGAGACUCAGGAAAACACAUUUGUUUACCAAUUAGUUGGUACUACUCAUGACGACUUUGUUAGGGAUAAUGAGAGAGAUAUCAUUGUCAAUUACUAUUCCCCAUGGGAUGAAGGUUCUAAACAGACCAAUCCAUUAUUCGAUAAGGCUGCUGAAUUAUUAUAUCCAUAUUCUGAUAAAAUCGGUUUUGCAAAGAUCAAUGCUUUUAACAAUGAUAUUCUAUCUGUAAAUGUUGACAAAUUUCCAACAAUUGCUUUAUAUCCAGCGGGCAGUAACGGUACUGAAAUUAUUUAUUUCAACACAAGUAAAUCUGUAGAACAUUUCUGCGAUUUCGCUGAAGAAUAUUCAAAGAAUGAUAUCCCAGGCAAAUCUGUCUUUGCUGAAUAUAAGAAGAAAGUUUUUAAGGAAACUGAUGUUGAAGGCGACUUAGCUAUCAAUGAAGAUCCAGAACAAGUUGUUGUUAACGCUGGUGAACCUGUUGAUGAAUCUGCUAAAGAGGUAGAACAACUCGAGGAAUUAGUCCAAGAAUCCGACCCAGCUCAAGUAUCCGAAGCUGCCCAAGAAUCUGAACCAGUUCAAGAACAGGUUCUAGAACAGGUUCAAGAAGUUCCUGAAUUUCAAGAAAGUGAUGAUAUAAAAGUAGAACAAGCUCAGACACAAGCUGAGGAAUCAGUUUCUGAAGCUGUCGAAAUUCAAGAUGAAUUAUAA